AUGUUGAGAAGGAGCGAGCGGGAUGACAUCUCGCACAUCGAGCUCCUCAAAGCGUCGCUCUCCGCGUCCGUGCAAAACGCAGCAGGACCGAUCGGUUUAGCGUUACAACACGUGAUUUUGGGGAAGCGAAAGAGUUCUUCCGCGCUCGCCGCGUUCGGCGUCUGCGUGAACAUUUCCAACUUAGGAACGACCGUUUUCCAAUUCCUGGUGGACGGUUCCACGUCGCAAGUUGGAAGCCUGGUGGCGAAACAUCUCGACGAAACCGACGAGGGAAAGAAGAAAAAGCUCUUGGGAAAGCAUUGCAAGAAAAGUCUGGUCGUUUCCGUUCUCGCCGGCGCGAGUGCAGGGGCACUCUUACUCGUCUCUGGAAACAGUUUGUUUAGCACUUUGGGAGAGACAGACCGGAUGGAUAUCGGGCGAGGGUAUUACGCCUGGCGGUGCCUCUCGAUGCCGUUUAAGACGAGCUCGAACGCCGCGGUAGGAAUUAUAGGAGGGUACGGUCACGUGCACGUGGUGUCGGUGAUGAAUAGUGUGGUGGCAUUUUUACAAGUCCUGAUGGUUUGCGUCGUGUUACACGCGUCGUCGUCGUCCAAGGGAAAAGGAGAGAAAGAGGCGUUGGACGCGCUCGGGCUGGCGUAUUUUGUGGUGGUGAUGUUUCACGCGGUUUUAGGGUGGGCGAUUGUUUAUUUUAGUCGUCCGAAGAAGAUUGGGUUAGAACGAACGAUGCGAAGGAGGAGGAUAGAAAUGAGACGGAGAAGAGAGGCAGCCGAAGAAGAAGAAGAAGAAGAAGAAGAAAGUAAAAAGUAUUUCGUAGACGCUCUCAAUAUGUUUGGACGAAGCAUUUUGCUUCAACUCUCGUUCUUCGUCGCCAUGAUUGUGGCGUCGAGAAAAUUGCCGGUAGCAGGUCUCGCGGCGCAUCAUCUCACAGCGCAGCUUUGGUUGGUGUGUAGCUACAUUGUUGACGGUUUCGCUACGAUUGGAACGAUUUACGGAAGCAGAUUGUAUUCGAUCAAAUCGAUUAAAAAGUUGCGAUCGUUGACGGUGCGAUUGCUAUCCUACGGCGUCAGCCUCGGCUUUUUCUUUUGCGCGAUAUUCUUAGCUUUUGGAACUGCGGCUCGUAAGCUGUUCGUAGGCGAUGAACUGACAAAUUAUUAUCUCGGCAAAACGUGGAUGCUCGUGACCUUCGCGCAACCGGUCAACGCCGUGGUUUUUGUGUUGGACGGUCUGAUGUAUGCGACGAAAUCGUUUGCUUUCGCUAGAGAAGUCAUGGUCGCGGGAGUCGGCGUCGUGUUUUUACCAACUGUUUUAAGCGCGACGUUGAUUAACGAUGGAAAUUCGAACUCCGGUGCAAAAGUAAUAGCUCGCGUAUGGACCGCAAAGUUAGCGCUAAACGUGUGGCGGAUGCUCUUUUUAUCCGGGAGAGUCUUCUUUUGGAUUUUGAAGGAAGAGGAUCGAUCCGACGAGGAAGAAGAAGAAGAAGAAGAAGACGAGAGCGAAGGAGAGACGAGCGGCAGUGGAAGCGACGGUGAGAACACGGAAGAAUCUUUGUUAGAGAGCGACAUGGACGACGACGCCCCGUUGUUAUCGCUUUGA